AGAACUUUGUAGUUUGUUGUUUAUGGUUUGAUAUUCGCCGUACGUAAAUUGUUACUUUUCAGCUUUAUUUCAAAUAUCAAAGCAACAUCUCAGUUUAAAUUAUCCCUCAUUGUUAAAACAGAGAUCAUAUACAUUUGUUCCCAAAAUGUCUAAAGCUCAUCCCCCAGAGUUGAAAAAGUUCAUGGAUAAAAAACUCUCAUUAAAAUUAAACGCCGGUCGGGCCGUGACUGGUGUUUUGAGAGGUUUUGAUCCAUUCAUGAAUCUUGUCUUAGAUGAAUCGGUAGAAGAAUGUAAAGAUGGACAAAGAAACAACAUUGGCAUGGUUGUAAUAAGAGGAAACAGCAUCAUAAUGUUGGAGUCAUUAGAUAGAAUAUAAUAUUUAAGGCAUUCCUUUUAAGUUUAGGAUAAGGCAUCAGAAUCAAGUCCCGAGAUUUCAGUAAUAACACCACUUUUCAAAUGAAACUACCAUAACACCAUAAUGGAAUGAUGGAAUAAUCUGGUAUUGUCAUGAAUAUGUAAUUGGGAACAAUAAAAGACUAAGACAAAA